AUGCAUUCAGCAUACGAGCUCGCGUAUGCCACAGCGUGCACGUUUGCAGCGACGUCAGGAAACUCGACCAAGGUAUGUCCGCAGGAUCCUCAAGGAUGGAGACUUGGGGCGCCGACAGUGCUGGCACUGGACGAUGUGUCAUUUGCUCGGCCUGUGAGCAUAGGCGAUGUGGUGAAGUUUAGAGCGGACGUGGUGUAUACUGGUUCAAACGAAAGCAUCCUGAUGGGAAACCAGCAUCCUGGCUUGUCCUGCAUAUUUCAGGUGCGAGUUGAGACUCGUAUCGUUGAUCUCAAAACAGGAAAUGACGCUCUAUCAAACGAAUUCCAUUUCACCUUUCUCAACCGAGACCCCGAGUCAAGCCACGUCAUGCAGCUGAAACCUAUCCCUGUCAAGCCGAUCGAGCCCCUCUCCUAUGGUGAAGGAAUGAUGUGGUUAGAUGGACGCAGGAGAAUGUUGGAAGCGUUGGAAGUUGUGCGAGAGAACAAGGGCUUCGCCUACCCUGUUAUCCAGGACUUGACAACAGAAUGA